AUGGGUGGCAGUGGGAGUGGAAGAGGCGGCGUGAAAGGAACCGGAAUUGGGCGGAGCGGUGGAAACCGAAGCGUUCUGAUAACCGGUGUUAGCAAAGGGCUCGGCAGGGCUCUUGCGAUCGAGUUAGCGAAUCGCGGGCACACGAUUAUCGGGUGUUCCCGAGCUCAAGAAAAACUGGAUUCCCUUGAAUCUCUACUGACCCCGAACAACAAUCAGCAUCUGUUCCUGAACGCCGACGUGACUUGCAACAACAGUGUUGCAGAGAUGGCAAGAAUCGUAAUGGAGAAAAACGGCGGUCCACCGGAUAUGAUAGUGAACGGCGCCGGCACGAUUAACACGAACAAGAAGAUGUGGGAGGUUCCGGCGGAGGAAUUCGAUCUUGUAAUGGAUACGAAUCUGAAAGGUAGUGCGAAUGUGUUGAGGCAUUUUAUUCCAGUGAUGUUGAAGAAGAAUGAAGGGGAAGGGAUAAUAGUGAACAUGUCAUCUGGUUGGGGGAGAUCUGGUGCGGCACUCGUAGCACCUUACUGUGCAUCUAAAUGGGCGAUUGAAGGACUCACCAAGUCGGUGGCGAAAGAGUUGCCGCAAGGAAUGGCAGUUGUCGCGCUUAAUCCGGGAGUCAUUAAUACUGAUAUGCUUGCUUCUUGCUUCGGUGCUUCUGCAUCUAUGUAUCAAUCUCCACAAUUAUGGGCUUUGAAGGCAGCCACCAUGAUACUCAAUCUUACUCCAGCAGACAAUGGGGCUUCUCUCUCCGUAUGA